ACUUCCUGUUAAUUCAGCAGGGACUGUUGAACAUCUUCGUGAAAAAGCCUCCAUCUAAAGGUAAAGCUUGCAAAGAUUGGGCUUCUGUGAAAAGAACAACACAGCUAAAUGUGUGUCCCCCCCACCACCAUCACAUCAUUCCUUUAGCGGCAUGGAUCAGUAUGAGGACAGAGAGGAGGGAGUCCCUCAUGAGAGCCAGAGCAAAGCUCAGAGGAAUCAACCUGGUCUUGGUGUUGGACCUGGACCUGGCCCUGGACUUGGACCUGGACCCGGAUCGGAAUCUGAACCUGAACCUGAACCCGAACCCAGCUGUGUGUCCCUUAAGAGUGAUGCGUCAAAGCAUUUCCCCAUUGAUUUCAAAUCAGACCAACGUUCAGCAGUAAAGAGGAUCCAUCAGAGACUAGAACCUGACCCAGGUCCUGGAGCUGAAUCCAGCAGUGUGUCCUUGAUGAGUGACCAAUCAAAUGAGCAUUUGAAAGACUUUAAACGAAGGCGUGGACCUGAUGGAAAAGUGGACCAGCAGAGCUCAGAGUUUCCCAGUGGCCAGACUGGCAAGCAGCAUCAAACACAGCUGGACUCCAUAUUUAUGCUGCUGGAGGACAAAAUUAUCACUUUCGUGAAGAAUGAGUUGAAGAAGAUCCAGAAGCUUCUGAGUCCAGUUUAUCCAGAUUGCUCAGUGUUGGAGGGUGAGGAUGAAGAGCAGAAGAGCAGCAGAGAGGCAUUUGUGAAGAUUGCAGUGGACUUCCUGAGGAGGAUGAAGCAGGAGGAGCUGGCUGAACAUCUGCAGAGCAAAUUUUUUUCUGUAGUUUGUGGAUGUAAACAUAAAUCUGCUCUGAAGAAGAAGUUCCAGUGUGUGUUUGAAGGAAUUUCUAAAACAGGAAACCCAACCCUUCUGAACCAGAUCUACACAGAGCUCUACAUCACAGAGGGAGGGACUGCAGAGGUCAAUGAUGAACAUGAGGUCAGACAGAUUGAAAUAGCAUCCAGGAAACCAGACACAUCAGAAACAACCAUCAGACAAGAAGACAUCUUUAAACUCCCUCAUGGAAGAGAUGAACCAAUCAGAACAGUGAUGACAAAGGGAGUGGCUGGCAUUGGGAAAACUGUCUUAACACAGAAGUUCACUCUGGACUGGGCUGAAGACAAAGCCAACCAGGACAUCCAGUUCACAUUUCCACUGACUUUCAGAGAGCUGAAUGUGCUGAAAGAGAAAAAGUUCAGCUUGGUGGAACUUGUCCAUCACUUCUUUACUGAAACCAAAGUAGCAGGAAUCUGCAGCUUUGAAGAUUUCCAGGUUGUCUUCAUCUUGGACGGUCUGGAUGAGAGUCGACUUCCUCUGGACUUCCACAACAAUGAGACCCUGACUGAUGUUACAGAGUCCACCUCAGUGGAUGUGCUGCUGACUAACCUCAUCAGGGGGAACCUGCUUCCCUCUGCUCGCCUCUGGAUAACCACACGACCUGCAGCAGCCAAUCAGAUCCCUCCUGACUGUGUUGGCAUGGUGACAGAAGUCCGAGGGUUUACUAACUCACAGAAGGAGGACUAUUUUAAGAAGAGGUUCAGAGAUAAGAAGAAAUCCAGCAGGAUCAUCUCCCACAUCAAGUCAUCACGAAGCCUCCACAUCAUGUGCCACAUCCCAGUUUUCUGCUGGAUCACUGCUACAGUUCUGGAGGAUGUGCUGGAAACCAGAGAGGAAGGAGGAGAGCUGCCCAAGACCCUGACUGAGAUGUACAUCCACUUCCUGGUGGUCCAGACCAAAGUCAAGAGGGUCAAGUACGAUGGAGGAGCUGAGACAGAUCCACUCUGGAGUCCAGAGAACAUGAAGAUGAUCGAGUCUCUGGGAAAACUGGCUUUUGAUCAGCUGCAGAAAGGAAACCUGAUCUUCUAUGAAUCAGACCUGACAGAGUGUGGUAUCGAUAUCACAGCAGCCUCAGUUUACUCAGGAGUGUUCACACAGAUCUUCAUAGAGGAGAGAGGACUGUACCAGGAGAAGGUGUUCAGCUUCGUCCAUCUGACUGUUCAGGAGUUUCUGGCUGCUCUUCAUGUCCGUCUGACCUUCAUCAAGUCUGGUGUCAACCUGAUGGGGGAAAGAGAAACAUCCAAGAUGCCUCAAAUACUUAAUCUACAAUGUGUAGAUCAGUGGGCUGUGUACAAGGCUUUACAGAGUCCAAAUGGACACCUGGACUUGUUCCUCCGCUUCCUCCUGGGUCUUUCACUGCAGACCAAUCAGAGUCUCCUACGAGGCCUGAUGACAGAGACAGGAAGUAGCUCACAGACCAUUGAAGAAACUAUUAAGUACAUAAAGAAGAAGAUCAGUGAGAGUCUGUCUACAGAGAGAAGCAUCAAUCUGUUCCACUGUCUGAAUGAACUGAAUGAUCGUUCUCUAGUGGAGGAGAUUCAACAGUUCCUGAGAUCAGGACGUCUCUCCACAGAUGAACUGUCUCCUGCUCAGUGGUCAGCUCUGGUCUUCAUCUUACUGUCAUCAGAAGAAGAUCUGGAGGUGUUUGACCUGAAAAAAUACUCGUCUUCAGAAGAGGCUCUUCUGCGGCUGCUGCUAGUUGUCAAAGCCUCCAGCAAAGCUCUAUUAAGUGUGUGUGGCCUCUCUGAGAAGAGCUGUAGAGCUCUGUCUUCAGUUCUCAGCUCUCAGUCCUCCAGUCUGACGGAACUGGAUCUGAGUAAUAAUGACCUGCUGGAUUCAGGACUGAAGCAGCUCUGUGAUGGACUGAAGAGUCCAAACUGCAAACUGGAAAACCUCAGCCUGUCAGGCUGUCUGAUUACAGAGGAAGGCUGUGCUUCUUUGGCCUCAGCUCUCACCUCCAAUUCAUCCCAUCUGGGAGAACUGGACCUCAGCUACAACCAUCCAGGAGACUCCGGAGUUAAGCUGCUGAUGGCUGCACUGAAGGAUCCAAACAAACUCAGGGUGGAGCCUGCUGGAGAACAAUGGUUGAGACCAGGUUUAAAGAAGUAUUCCUGUCCACUCACCAUCGACACAAACACAGUGAACAGAAACCUCAAACUGUCUGACAACAACAGGAUGGUGACAUAUGAGGAGAAGCUUCACUCGUAUCCUGAGCAUCCAGACAGAUUUGAUGAAAGGCCUCAGCUGCUGGGUGUAAAUCUUCUGACAGGUCGCUGUUACUGGGAGGUGGAGUGGAGAGGAGACGUUUAUAUCUCAGUGACUUACAGAGGAAUCGGGAGAAGAGGAAAAACCAGUGGCUGUUUGUUUGGUCACAACGAUCAGUCCUGGAGUCUGUUCUGCUCUGAUGAUGAUGGUUACUCUGUCUGCCACAAUUACAGAAAAACACACAUCUCUUCCUCGUCAUCUUCCUCCUCUUCCUCUGUCUCUAACAGAGUCGCUGUGUAUAUGGACUGUCCUGCUGGAACUCUGACCUUCUACAGAGUCUCCUCUGAUGCCCUGAUCCACCUCUACACCUUCAACACCACAUUCACCCAUCCUCUGCUUCCUGGACUGGGGUUUUGGUCUGGGUCACUUGGUUCCUCAGUGUUUGUGGAGCAACUUGUGUCUAAAUCAUUGAAUUUAGACAACGUCAUGAAGCCAGUGAUGGAAAUCGUCAACUACAUCCGCACACAUGCGCUUAACCACAGGCAAUUCAAGAAUCUCAUCGCUGAGCUGGACCAAGGGCUUCCAGGUGACCUGCCGCUGCACUGCACUGUGAGAUGGCUGUCAAAAGGCCAUGUACUCUCUCGCUUCUUUGAGCUUUUGGAUGCCGUGAAACUGUUCAUGGAAGAGAAGGACAAGGACUAUCCCGAGCUCUCGGACCUCAAGUGGAUUAUGGAUCUGGCCUUUUUGGUCGACAUGCUGUGUCACUUGGACAGACUGAACCUGACCCUGCAGGGUAAGUUAAAAAUGCUGCCUGACCUGGUGCAAAGUGUGUUUGCUUUUGUCAACAAACUGAAGUUGUUCAAGGCGCACAUUCAAAAGGGAGAUUUAACGCAUUUUCCCACUCUGCUAAAAGCCAGCGGGCAAGUCACCAGCGCCGCGCUGAAUAAGCAAAGAGCCAGAUAUGCAACACUGGUUGGAAACCUGCAUGAAAGCUUUGUGACACGGUUCCAUGAUCUUCAACUGAAAAGGCCACAGAUUACGUUCCUCGUUGACCCAUUUAAUGUGGAGACAGACUGUUUGAAAGCCCCGCUAGUCACAGAUGAGGCAGCGGCUGAGUUAGAGAUGAUUGAUCUUUGUGAGGAGGACCAACUGAAACCUGCUCUAAGGGAAGGGCCCAUCGAGUUUUGGAAAAGUGUGCCAAUGGAAAAAUACCCAAAUGUCAAAUGGGCUGCGCUUAAGAUACUGUCAAUCAUGGAUCAGUGUGAGGACAGAGAGGAAGGAGCCCCUCCCCCUAAAAUCCCUCGGUUUGAGGAACAUGAGAGCCAGAGCAAAGCUCAGAGAAAUCAACCUCAACCUGAACCCAAAUCUGAACUUGGACCUGGACCUGAGCCCAGCUGUUUGUCUUUAAAGAGCAAUGAGUCGAAGUAUCUUCUUAUUAAUUUCAAAUCAGACCAAGUUUCAGCAGCAAGGAGCUUGGACCAACAGAGCUCAGAGGUACCAUUUGGUCAGUCUGCCCAGCAGCAUAAAACAGAGCUGGACUCCAUAUUUAUGCUGCUGGAAAAAAACAUUGUGACUUUUGUGAAGACUGAGCUGAAGAAGAUUCAGAAACUUCUGAGUGCAGUUAAUCCAGAUUGCUUAGUGUUGGAGGGUGAGGAUGAUGAGCAGAUGAGCAGCAGAGAGGCGUUAGUGAAGAUCACGGUAGACUUCCUGAAGAGGAUGAAGCAGGAAGAGCUGACUGAGCGUCUGCAGAGUAAAAUUUUAGCAGCAGUUUGUGGACGUAAACUAAAAUCUGCUCUGAAGAAGAAGUUCCAGUGUGUGUUUGAGGGGAUUGCUAAAGCAGGAAACCCUACCCUUCUGAACCAGAUCUACACAGAGCUCUACAUCACAGAGGGAGGGACUGCAGAGGUCAAUGAUGAACAUGAGGUCAGACAGAUUGAAACAGCAUCCAGGAAACCAGACAGACCAGAAACAACCAUCAGACGAGAAGACAUUUUUAAACCCCCACCUGGAAGAGAUGAACCAAUCAGAACAGUGAUGACAAAGGGAGUGGCUGGCAUUGGGAAAACUGUCUUAACACAGAAGUUCACUCUGGACUGGGCUGAAGACAAAGCCCACCAGGACAUCCAGUUCAUAUUUCCACUGACUUUAAGAGAGCUGAAUGUGCUGAAAGAGAAAAAGUUCAGCUUGGUGGAACUUGUUCAUCACUUCUUUACUGAAACCAAAGAAGCAGGUAUCUGCAGCUUUGAAGAGUUCCAGGUUGUCUUCAUCUUGGAUGGUCUGGAUGAGAGUCGACUUCCUCUGGACUUCCACAACAAUGAGACCCUGACUGAUGUUACAGAGUCCACCUCAGUGGAUGUGCUGCUGACUAACCUCAUCAGGGGGAACCUGCUUCCCUCUGCUCGCCUCUGGAUAACCACACGACCUGCAGCAGCCAAUCAGAUCCCUCCUGACUGUGUUGGCAUGGUGACAGAGGUCAGAGGGUUCACUGACCCACAGAAGGAGGAGUAUUUUAAGAAGAGGUUCAGAGAUAAGAAGAAAUCCAACAGGAUCAUCUCCCACAACAAGUCGUCACGAAGCCUCCACAUCAUGUGCCACAUCCCAGUCUUCUGCUGGAUCACUGCUACAGUUCUGGAGGAUGUGCUGGAAACCAGAGAGGGAGGAGAGCUGCCCAAGACCCUGACUGAGAUGUACAUCCACUUCCUGGUGGUCCAGACCAAAGUCAAGAAGGUCAAGUAUGAUGGAGGAACUGAGACAGAUCCACUCUGGAGUCCAGAGAACAUGAAGAUGAUCGAGUCUCUGGGAAAACUGGCUUUUGAUCAGCUGCAGAAAGGAAACCUGAUCUUCUAUGAAUCAGACCUGACAGAGUGUGGCAUCGAUAUCACAGCAGCCUCAGUUUACUCAGGAGUGUUCACACAGAUCUUCAUAGAGGAGAGAGGACUGUACCAGGAGAAGGUGUUCAGCUUCGUCCAUCUGACUGUUCAGGAGUUUCUGGCUGCUCUUCAUGUCCACCUGACCUUCAUCAACUCUGGAGUCAACCUGAUGGAAGAAAGAGAAACAUCCAAGAUUCCUCAAAUCCUUAAUCUACAAUGUGUAGAUCAGUGGGCUGUGGACCAGGCCUUACAGAGUCCAAAUGGACACCUGGAUUUGUUUCUCCGUUUUCUUCUGGGUCUUUCACUGCAGACCAAUCAGAGUCUCCUACGAGGCCUGAUGACAGAGACAGGAAGUAGCUCACAGACCAAUGAAGAAACUAUUAAGUACAUCAAGAAGAAGAUCAGUGAGAGUCUGUCUACAGAGAGAAGCAUCAAUCUGUUCCACUGUCUGAAUGAACUGAAUGAUCGUUCUCUAGUGGAGGAGAUUCAACAGUUCCUGAGAUCAGGACGUCUCUCCACAGAUAAAAUGUCUCCUGCUCAGUGGUCAGCUCUGGUCUUCAUUUUACUGUCAUCAGAAGAAGAUCUGGAUGUGUUUGAUCUGAAGAAAUAUUCUACUUCAGAGGAGGUUCUUCUGCGGCUACUGCCAGUGGUCAAAGCCUCCAACAAAGCUCUACUGAGUACCUGUACCCUGUCAGAUGAAGGAUGUGAAGCUAUGUCUUCAGUUUUCAGCUCCAGAUCAUCCAGGUUGACAGAACUGGACCUGAGUAUCUACGCCUCAGGAGUGAAGCAGCUGUCUGUUGGACUGCAGAGUCCAAAUUGUAAACUGGAAACUCUCAGGCUGAAUGUAUGCAAGCUCUCAGAAAGAAGCUGUGAAGCCCUGUCCCCAGUUCUCAGCUCCCAGUCUUCCAGACUGAAAAAACUGGACCUGAGUCACAACGACCUGCAGGAUUCAGAACUGAAGUACCUGUCUGGUGAACUAAUGAGUCAAAACUGCAAACUGGAAACUCUCAGACUGAGUGCGUGUGAGCUUUCAGAGAGAAGCUGUGAAGCUCUGUCCUUAGUUCUCAGCUCCCAGUCCUCCAGUUUGAUAGAACUGGACUUGAGUAACAACGACCUGCAGGAUUCAGGACUUAAGAACUUGUGUGGUGGACUAAACAGUCCAAACUGCAAACUGGAAACUCUCAGCCUGUCAGGCUGUCUGAUUACAAAGGAUGGCUGUGCUUCUCUGGCCUCAGCUCUAAACUCCAACCCUUCCCAUGUGAAAAAGCUGGACCUGAGCUACAACCAUCUAGGAGACUCAGGAGUGAAGCUGCUGAUGGCUGCAAUGAAGGAUCCAAACAAACUCAGGGUGGAGCCUGCCGGAGAACAAUGGUUGAGAUCAGGUCUGAGAAAAUAUUCCUGUGAACUCACCAUUGACACAGAUACAGUGAACAGAAACCUCAAACUGUCUGACAACAAUAGAAAAGUGACGCUUGUGGAGGAGGAUCAGUCAUAUUCUGAUCAUCCAGACAGAUUUAAGUGGACUGAGGUGCUGUGUGGAAAGGUUCUGGCUGGUCGCUGCUACUGGGAGGUGGAAUGGAGAGGACAUGUUCGUAUAGCAGUGUGUUACAAAGGCAUUAAAAGGAGAGGAAAAACCAGUGAAUGUGUGUUUGGAUACAAUGAUCAGUCCUGGUGUCUGAACUGCUCUGAUCAAGGUUACUCUGUCUCGCAUAAUUACAGAGUUACACCCAUCUCCUCCUCCUCUUCCUCUUCCACCGACUCUAACAGAGUAGCAGUGUACGUGGACUGUCCUGCUGGAACUCUGUCCUUCUACAGAGUCUCCUCUGAUGCCUUGAUCCACCUCCACACCUUCAACGCCACAUUCACUAAUUCUCUGAUUCCUGGAUUUUUGUUUGGAACAUUUGGUUCCUCCGUGUAUCUGUGUUGAGUAUAAAGAGUUUGAUCCUCUGAGCCCUGUUACCACUUUAUAUUGAGGGCAGAGCUUAAAAAGGAAAGCAAGUUUGAAACACGCCCUAAUGAUGAGGAAGUGGUCAUAGUCGGUAAUACAAAGCAAAUUAGAGAAAGCACGCUUGUCAAAAUGCUUUGUCACUUUUAAGUUCUUUCUUAACUAUUGGAUGGGGUAAAGGCAGCAGGGGUGGACAAUGUAGCGCUGAGAAAAGCUGCUGGAGCAGCAUAGAUGGUCAGAAUAGCACUAUGAAUUUCAAUGAUAAUGACUGGAUGUAUUUGAAAAAUGAGGAGGAACAUCACAGGUGGAUAAGACAGUUUGAUGAGACAUCUUGGCAGGAUGGAUAUAAGGAUUUGCCUUAUGCUAAAGCAAUGUAUUCCUUGGUUUCCCACUAGUUUUUGUUUUUAAAUGAAGAUGUCUAUAACAUUUUACCACUGUUAGUUUAUGUUCCACUGGUUUUGGUUUUCUCAUUCAUUUAUUUUGAGUAUAUUAUUAGAAAAAAACAGAAACACAAAAAAAACAAAACAAACAAAAAAGAAAAACAGUUUAUAGUAAAAGUUAUGUGUUGCUAACCUCUGGUGCCGCAAUAUACAAAUUAAAUAGGUAUUUGCUUCAUCAUUAACUCUGGUUCAUAUUCAACAUUUUUCUCAUGUAUGGCUUUAUUUCUCAUUACUUACUUAUAAGCUACAUAUAUAAAAAUUAAACACUUUCUUUAAAAACCU